CCUAUUAUAUAUUUAUUAUUUCUUAUAUUGCCUUAUUUGCAGAUGAUAUUUUGUUUUUCUUUUUCAAUUCUUACAAAUGUUCUUUUUUUUCUUACUGUAUUGGCUUGAAGUUCUACCAAGUCAGUGAUUUUUAAAAGAAUGCUUCUAAUGUCUUACUAUUUAGAUAUGGUGUUGCUGUAGUUUUUUGAUAGAUACCUUUAUGGCUUAAGAAAAUUCUAUCGAGAAGGUAUUACUUUUCUCUUUAAUCAGUUAAACGGUGAAUUAUAUUUUUAGAUGUUCUAUUAACCAGCUUUGUAUUCUUGGGGUUAAAUCAGUCUUAGCCAUGAUUUUUGUCUUUUUUUGUAGAUUACUGGAUGGAGUUUGCAGUAUUUUGUUUUCAGUUUUUGCGUCAAUGUUCAUAAGUGAGAUUUGCCUCCUGUUUUUGUUGUUAUUGUUGAACUGUCCUUGCCUCUUUCUGAUGUCGAGGUUUUCUUUGCCCUGGAAAAGAUUAUAUAAUAUUGUAAUUGGACUAAACUUAAAUGUUUGGUAGAACUCCUCUUUAAGACAAUUUCUUUCUGAUGUUCUCUUUGUAGGAAUUUUUUUCAUUUGCUUAUUUCAUGCUUAUGGUAUUUUUUGGGAUUUCUAUUUUCUCUUCAGAGAGAUCUGUUAAUUCAUGCAUUCCUAGGAAUAGACAGAUUUAAUGUAAAAUUGUUCAUAGUAUUUAAUCUCUGAUGCAUUUGCAAUUAUAUCUUUUUUUCUAUUUUUAAAUUGUGUUUUUCUUUCCCAUCACUAAACUCAGAGAAUUUUAUCAAUUUAAUUAGAUUUUUCAAAAAAUAAUUUUGACCUUGUUGGUCCUCUGUAUUAUAACUUUGUUAUUUUGCCUAAUUAAUUUUUACCUGUUUCUUUAGUUUUUAAUGUCAAAGCAGGGGACUGGAAGUCAGCUAUGCAGGCUGGGGAGCAGAAUUCUAGUCUGUGUUAAUUAGGAAAUCAUAUGAUCGCGUUUGUUAAAAUUGUAUGUACAGAACCCCAGUUCCUUUAGUGCGUAAAUAUUAUAUAACCUGUCUUUUGACUGCUGAGUGAUUAGUUGAUCGAUACUAAUUGCUGGAUAAGAAGUCUUUAUUAAGUUAGUACUUGUUGUAGCUUAUGGUUAAACACUUGGCUGCUAACCUAAAAGUCCUCGGUUUGAACCCACCGGUGGCUCUGUGAGAGAAAAGACCUGGUGGUCUGCUCCUGUAAAGUUUACAGCCUAGGAAACCCUAUGGGGCAGUUCUACUCUGUCCUAUAGGGUUAUUAUCACCUUACCCUGCUCUCUUUUUUUUUUAAAUAUGGGUUCAUUUUACAUUAGAUUUUUUUUUUUAAUAAUUUUAAAAUUGUAGAGAAGUUGUAAAGAUAGUACAGAAAAUUUUUGACUACCCUUCACCCAGCUUCCCCUUGUUAUCUUCGUAUGUAACCAUUGUAUGUUUGUCAAAACUGGAAAUCAGUAUCAAGAAUACUGCUAUGUGUACCAUCUUAUGUAACCAUUGUAUGUUAGUCAAAACUGGAAAUUAACAUUAGUAUAAUACCGUUACCUAAACUGUAGGUAUUAUUUGGAUUUCACCAGUUAUUCCAUUAAUGGCCUUUCUUCUUUUACAGAGUCCAAUCCAGGAUACCACACAGUAUUUGGUUGUCAUGUUUCCUUAGUCUCCUUUGAUCUCUGACAAUUUCCUGAUCUUUGUUUUUCAUAAGCUUGACAGUUUUAAAGAGUACUAGUCAUGUAUUUGUGGAAUGUCCCUCAAUCUGGGUUUGUCUGAUGUUUUCGCAUGAUUAGAAUGGCAUUAUAGGUUUUUGGGAAGAAGACCACAGGGUUGAAGUGCCAUUUUUAUCAUAUCAUAUGAAUAAAAUUUAUCACUGUUGAUAUUAACCUUGACCUCCUUAUCGAGGCAGUAUUGUUAGGUUUCUCUACUAAAAGCUUUUUUUUUUUUUUUCCUUCCUCUAUACUCUGUCCUCAGGAAGUGAGUUAACAAGCUCAGCCUAGACCCAGGGGAAAAAUAUUUAAGCUUCAUCUCUUGCAGGAGAGAGUAUGUACUGUAUUUUUACACAAAUAAUAUGUGCCUUCUAUGUUUGUUUGCCAACCAUGCCUCACCCUGUCAGUUAUUUUCAUAAGCACCACUAUGCCAGUUAUUUUUAUAUGUUGCACAGUGCACUUAAGAAAAUACCUCAUGGGAAGAGGGCGUCCUUGGCAAACAAACAUAAAAGGUGUGCGUUAUUUGCAUAAAAACAUGGUACACACAUUAUUUGGAAUUUUCUGUAAGGAAAAUAUGUGUCUUCUCAUUUAAUUAUCUAUUCAAUGAUACGUUUUUGUCAGUAUGGACUCAUGAUAUGGUUCAAAGCAGACCUGGUGGCACAAUGAUUAAGCCCUUGGCUACUAACCUAAAAGUUGGUGGUCCGAACCUAUCUGGUGGCUCUGUGGGAGAAAGACCUGGCGAUCUGAUUUCGUAAGGGUUACAGCCAAGAAAACUCUGGGGGGCAGCUCUACACGGGGUCACUGUGAAUUGAAAAUCUAUUCAACAGGACUUAACAAUAAAAAUCCAAUGCUAUUUUUAUUUAUUUUUACUAAAAUUGUUUGGCUAUUGAGAAUUUCUUCAGGUUGCCUCCUGUAAUCUUUUGACAUGCCUGUCUUUGUUUAUUAAAGCACCUCUUUGCUUCCUGACACUACAAGAUGUUCCGGGCUCAUCUUGUAUUUUCACUGCCUCAGCCCAGGUAUCAGCCAUUUCUUUUAUGAGCCCUGACCACUUGUGUUGGAGAAUGGUAUUUAGAACCAAGUCCUAGUUGUAGUUGUCGCUUCUUGCCACUGUGGAUUCACUGCUUUUAAUCCUACUCAGAGAACAGAGCCCUAGGUCUGUAUACUAACUCAUGUAUAUACAUUUAUCUGUAUUGAUUUCUGAUCUAUCACAGUAUAUGUGUUAAAAUAAACAUGAGCUCAUACUGAUAACUCUAAUCUAGAACCACAGGCAUCAUUUUAGCUUCCCCUCUUGUUUAUUUGUAACUUCUUUCUCUGACAGUGAGAAACCUCACUUUUGUUAUCCACUGUUUAUUUACUUGUUUGUUCAACCUAGUGUCCCUGGGUGUUGUAAACAGUUAAUGCACUUGGCUGCUAACCAAAAGGUUGGUGGUUCAAGUCCACCCAGUGGCACCUGAGAAGAAAGAUCUGGUAAUCUACUCCUGAAAAAUCAGCCAUUGAAAACCACGUGAAGCACGGUUCGACUCCUACACCAGCGGGCUUGAAAGUGACUUCAUGGCAGCUGGCUUUGAUUUUAGCAUAUAUGUAAAGUUUCAGAUUUGCGCGUGAUGGCUCAUUUCCCACUGUUUCAUGACAUUUAUUUACUACUUUAUUGUAAAAUUCUUCAAAAUUCUUUCUCAGUGAGAGGCUUUUUUUUUUUUAAGCUUGCAUUGAAGUUUUAUUUUUCUGUAGUGAUUUAUGUUUAUUUCAGGGCUCUUUAAUUAUGAGCUUUUCUGGUCCACAUAGAUUGUGAAAAUGCUGGCCUGUACUUGUGGGCUAGGAAUCUCUGGAUGGUGGAAACGAUUAAGCACUUGACUACUAACUGAAAAGUUGGCUGUUUGAACCCACCUAGAACCACCUCGGGAAAAAGUCGUGGAGAUCUGCGUCCUAAGGCCACAGUCUUGAAAACCCUGUGGAGUUCGGCUCUGCUCCACAAUACAUAGGACCAUGAGUUGGAAUUGACUCCAUGGCAACUGCUUUGGCUAGAUCAGAGUCUAAGAGAGAUGGAGGUUUUAAAAAUAAUUGGAGCUUUGAUCAUGGAGAAGAAAGUGAAGGAGAUACAGAUAAAGAUGGGGCAAAUCUACUCAGUGUAGAUGAAGAUGAGGAUUCUGAAACCUCAAAAGGAAAAAAGUUAAAUCGUCGAUCUGAAAUUGUUGCUACUAGUUCUGGUGAUUUCAUCUUGAAGACAUAUGUAAGACGAAACAAGACUGAAAGUUUCAAAACUUUGAAAGGCAACUCAGUUGGACUUAACAUGCUGAGCAACAAUAAGAAAUUGAGUGAAAAUACACAAAAUGCAUCAUUAUGUUCUGGAACUGUAGUUCACGGUAGACGUUUUCAUCAUGCAAAUGCACAGAUAACGGUAGUAAAAACAGCAGCCCAAAGCAAUCUGGACCGAAAAGAAAGGAAAGAAUACCCACCUCAUGUCCAAAAAAUUGAUAUUAAUCCUGUAAGGCUAAGUCGGCCCCACGGUGUUGAGCGUAUAAUGAAGAAAUCAGAAGAGUCUGAAUCACAAUUGGAGCCUGAAAUUAAGAGGAAAGUGCAACAGAAACGUCAUUGUAGUACUUACCAGUCUGUGUCUCCUCUGUCUCCUGCUUCAAAAAAAUGUUUAACCCAUUUAGAGGUAUCUGAACAGCGUGAAUAUUGUCCAAAAUGUGGAAAAGAAAAAGAAAAUCAGACUAAAUGCCAAAGUUGUGGUACUAAUUUUUCUAAGGAUUUGCAAAGAAACUGCAGACAAGGUGUAACUUUGAAUGAAUCCUCUGGACCAUUAUUAAGGACGUCAAUUCAUCAGAAUUCUGGAGGACAGAAGUCACAAAACACAGGAUUAACAAUCAAAAAGUUUUAUGGCAACAGUAUGGGAAAGGUUCCGAUUGAUAUUAUUGUGAAUUGUGAUGAUAGUAGACAGAAUUAUUUACAGACUAAUGGGAAAGUCAUUUUACCUGGGGCAAAAAUAACCAAAAUUACAAACUUGAAAGAAAGGAAAACAAGCCUAUCAGACCUAAAUGAUCCAAUCAUUUUGUCCAGUGAUGAUGAUGAUGAUGAUAGUGACAGAACUAACAGAAGAGAAAGCAUAUCUCCUCAACCUGCUGAUUCAGCAUGUUCUUCUCCAGCACCAUCCACUGGAAAAGUAGAAGCAGCACUUAAUGAAAAUACCUGCAGGGCAGAACAUGAACUAAGAAGCAUUCCAGCAGAUUCAGAGUUAAACACAGUUACAUUGCCAAGAAAAGCAAGAAUGAAAGACCAGUUUGGUAAUUCUAUUAUCAACACACCUCUAAAACGACGUAAAGUGGUUUCUCAAGAAACUUUAAUUGAUCCUGUGUCCUUAAGCUGCCAAUGUUCCUUUGAUAGUGUCAUCUUAAACUGUCGAAGCAUACGAGUAGGAACGCUCUUCCGGCUGUUAAUAGAGCCUGUAAUUUUUUGUUUAGAUUUUAUCAAGAUACAGCUAGAAGAAGCAGAAAGUGAUCCUGUAGCGAUCACUUUAAAUACCUCUGAUCUGACUAAAUGUGAAUGGUGUAAUGUCCGAAAAUUACCAGUAGUGUUUCUACAGACAAUACCAGCAGCUUAUCAAAAGCUGAGCAUGCAACUGCAAAUGAAUAAAGAGGAUAAUGUUUGGAAUGAGUGUAAAGGAAUAAAUAUGUUGACAGAUCUGGAAGAACAAUACAUUAUUUUAAUUUUUCAAACUGGCCUUGAUCAUCAGGCAAAUACGGUGUUUGAAAGUAUCAUUACUGAAAUUGGUAUAAAAAAUAAUAUUUCCGAUUUUUUUGCAAAAAUUCCCUUUGAAGAAGCCAAUAGCAGACUUGUUGCCUGUACAAGAACCUAUGAAGAAAGCAUCAAAGGAAGUUGUGUCCAAAAAGAAAACAAAAUUAAAAAUGUAUCCUUUGAAUCUAAAAUACAACUUCGAAACAAACAAGAAUUCCAGUUUUUUGAUGAUGAGGAAGAAACUGGAGAAAGCCAUACCAUCUUCAUCGGUCCUGUAGAAAAAUUAAUAGUAUAUCCACCACCUCCAGCUAAGGGAGGCAUUUCUGUUACUAAUGAGGACCUACACUGUCUGAAUGAAGGGGAAUUUUUAAAUGAUGUUAUUAUAGACUUUUAUUUGAAAUAUUUAGUGCUUGAAAAACUGAAGAAAGAAGAAGCUGACCGAAUUCAUAUAUUCAGUUCUUUUUUCUAUAAACGCCUUAAUCAGAGAGAGAAGAGAAAUCUUCCUGAAACAACCAAUCUGUCAAUACAGCAAAAGCGACAUGGGAGAGUAAAAACCUGGACCCGGCAUGUAGAUAUUUUUGAGAAGGAUUUUAUUUUUGUACCCCUUAAUGAAGCUGCCCACUGGUUUUUGGCUGUUGUUUGUUUCCCUGGUUUGGAAAAACCAAAAUAUGAACCUAAUCCUCAUUACCAUGAAAACACAUUCAUACAAAAAUGUUCAACUUUAGAGGACAGUUGUAUUUCUUCUCCUUCAGCCAAUGAAAUGGACAGUUGUUCACAAAACUCUUCCGCCAAGCCUGUAAUUAAGAAGAUUCUAAACAGAAAACAUUGCAUAGCUGUAAUUGAUUCAAAUGCUGUACAGGAAGAAAGUGACCCUCGUUAUCGGAGAAACAUAUGCAGUGUGAAAUGUAGUCUGAAAAAAGUAAAUCAUACUGCAAAUGAAAAUGAAGAAUCAAAUAAAGGAGAAUCUGCUUGCCAGGAAGUUGUUGAUAGGACUAAAAGUGAGAAUGGCCUACAGAAUGAAUAUUUAAGUUCUAUACACCAUACAGGAAAAAAAGUUGGAACCAAUAUGUGGCUUCAGGAAGAAUCUACCAAAAAUUAUGGCUUAAGCAAAAUCAGACUAAACUAUAGUGAUGAAUCAUCUGAAGGUGGUAAAGUGCUCGAAGAUGAACUCAUCGACUUCUCAGAAGAUCAGGAUAACCAGGAUGAUAGCAGUGAUGACGGAUUCCUUGCUGAUGAUACUUGCAACUCAGAAGUAGGACAGUGGCAUUUAAAGCCUACAAUCUGUAAACAACCUUGUAUCCUGCUUAUGGACUCUCUUAGAGGCCCUUCUCGGUCAAAUGUUGUAAAAAUUCUACGAGAGUAUCUAGAGGUGGAAUGGGAAGUUAAAAAAGGAAGUAAAAGAAGUUUUUCCAAAGAUGUUAUGAAAGGCUCUAAUCCAAAAGUACCACAGCAAAACAACUUCAGUGAUUGUGGUGUGUAUGUAUUGCAGUAUGUAGAGAGCUUUUUUGAGAACCCAAUUCUCAACUUUGAACUGCCUAUGAAUUUGGCAAACUGGUUUCCUCCCCCAAGAAUGAGAACAAAAAGAGAAGAAAUCCGAAACAUAAUUCUGAAGCUGCAGGAAGAUCAGUGCAAAGAGAAAAAAAAGCAUAAGGACACUUACUCAACCGAAUCAUCUUUAGGUGAAGGAACAGAACAAUGUGUCAACAGUAUCCCAGAUUGACCAUUUCUCUUGCUUGUUAGUUCUGCCUUGGGAAACUGAAUGACUUUCACCUUUUACUAUAGACAGUAAAGAACUGAAGUGUUCACCACUCAGAGUGAUUUGGAAAUGUUAAUGCUUGUAUAAAUGUCAUAUAAUUAAUUUUCAAUGGAGUAUGUAUUAAGUAAAUGACUGUAAAUAUGUUAAUGAGGCCAAUUUUUCCAGCAUUUAUAAUUAUUUUUUUCACUUGUUAGGAAGCUUUUGUUAUGUAUUUUCUGUUAAUAGUACUUAAAACUGCAACUUCUAAACACAAAAUAAAAAGAAAAUAUUUAUAGGAGGAAAUCGUUAACUUGAUAUUCUUUAGUAAACUUGUAUUAAAUUCCUCUGGGUGUGAUAUAUUUCAUAGGAGUAUUUAAGUAUGAUAAUCUUUUGACCUUUUGCAUUUGUUUUGAAAUAUGAAAAUAAGAUUAAAUAUAAGGCAUUUUGAACUAAAAAGAAAGACAUCUUCAUAUGCUUGUGUAGCGGGAAGAAAGUAGCAGCUUUUCAGUUGAUACACUCCUGUGUGCUCAGAGAACUCAAGAAAUGUUAAUAAAUAUUUAUAAUUUUAAACAAAUAUUUAUGAAGAAGCAGUAUUAAGAACAGUUCAAAUUAAAGUUACUUUGAAGUGUACUACUAAAUAAUAACAAAAUAUACUUUAUCAUACAUUAUUGUAAAAUGCAUUUUCGAAGACAUCAAAGACUCAGGUUAAAAUUAUUUUGGUUAAGUGCAGCUUGAAUCUCAAAUUUCCCAUGUUACCUUUCUAUGUUAUCGCUUAAAGUAUGCUACAAUCUGUGUGACAUAAUUAAUAAACAUUUUUAAUCUCUGUAAACACAGAAAUUUAAAUAGGAAUUUACUAUUUUUUGUAAUAGCUUUUGCUAUUUUUCCAUUGCUCACUUUGUUGUUAUUUUGAUAAACAAAAUAUCAGACUUUUUGCUUGAGUUUUUCAGCGUAAAUUAUUUUUAAAUGUAAUAGUACUGCCUUUAAUCAAUUUCAUAAUGCAGAAAAAUAACUCCUACCUUGAAUUCCCUGUAAAAAAUACUAAAAUGUGAUGGUUUUGAUGAGAUUUACAGUUCACAUAGGGACCUUGUAUAUAUGUGCUGAAACUAUUGUUUUUCAAAUGAAAUGUUAUACGUUUCUUUCCAAUUAACUUUGAAACUUGAAAUAUAUAUUUUAAAAGUCUUUUUUUUGUUAAAUAAUGACUUUUUAAAUGCACGUAUAACAAAAGUAGAGACUAAAAGAAGGACAUGUUUAUAUCAUCAGCAGUUACUUUUAUUUUGCCCAUCUCUGGCAUUGCAACCAACAUUUUAUGCUCUUUCUUGAAUUUAAUUAAGUCUAUGGUGUAAGGAUUUGGGGGAAGUUUUGUUGUUAACAACAAAGAGACUUUUUUUUUUUUUGAAACAUUAAAAUGCAAGCUUAAGAAAAGUCACUACUUGGGGUAUCUAACUACAGAUUUUUGUUUCUUCAUUACUUUGAACUGAACAUUUUUUAUUUCUGAUUAUAUGUUUUAGGAGUAUCCUAGAGCUAGUAGAUCAGUAUUUACUGAAUAUGGUGAAAUGCUUUUGCUUUCUAAUCUAAGACCAAGAGAAGCAAAUUGUUUUAAAAACCUAAUUGCAGUAAGCAAAAUUGAUAUAUAUUUUUUUAAUGUCCUGCAUUUUGUCAGAAUUUGAAAGUACUGGAGAAAAAAAACUUCUAAAAUGCAUGUUUGUUUUUGUUUUAAUUUCUAACGGUUAUAUUAUGCACUCACAUAACUUUUGAUAAGAUAAAAAUAUAAUUUGUCCCUUGGACCAGUUUAAGCCAAUCACGUAUUGACAUGAAAAAUAUAGAUGGAUGCAUGUCAACUUCUAGAGGUAGAGUACCCAACUAUUUAUGGUAUUUCUCCAACCCUAUGUGAAAGUUCUAUGUUUUAAAAUUAAUACUAAUUACUUGGCAGUACAUAGUGAAAUUUUUGGAGACUACUGGGUUUAACUCUGAAAGUAGACUUGAGACUGGUGUAAACAGACAUUCAUUUGAUAAUUGUGUACAGCUCUGGUACUUCUGUAUGUAGUUUAAAAGUCGCUAUCAGCCUUUUACAAAAUGUGUUACUAGUAUUGAGAAGUUGUGAAACAAAACUUUAGAGGUUUGUUACUAGACACUGAAGCUGCAUGACGAGUAUCUGGUGUCUUAACUAAUUAGAUAGAUCUGUUGUAUUGGUUUUCUUGUUGGCUAGAAUAACAAUUAAUUUUUAGAAGAGUUUUAGAUUACUUGCCAUAAAAUAUGUAUGCAUUUCAGUUCUUGGUAGUUUAGGAGCAAAUGUGGUGCUUCAUUAGUCCCUUCCCUUCAGUGUUGCUUAAGACAGUUGAAAACAGUAUUAUUUCAAGUUCACAUAAACCUAAAACAGUUUAAUUUUUCUUUGCAUAAUAAACUGUGCUUCAAUUUCAAGUUUCUUUCCAGUUAACUUUGAAACUUGAAGUAUAUAGUCAAUUAAAUUGUAGUAGGUUUUAUUUGAAAGGAUAAAAUGAUUACCUAAAUUACCAAAAUGAAUUCAGUAUUUUUUUUUCUUAAAAACUGAUCUACAAAAACUAAACUAUAAUGGAAAAAGAAUAACAGAGUGUUCAUUUACCAAAAUCAGAUACUGUACUUAAAGUCUCAAACCAUUCACUGAAAAGUAAUAAGAAUAUAUUUUAACAUAUAAUAAGAGUUGAUGGAUUAAGGGGACUGGAAUAUAAAGAUGGAAGGGAAUAGCUUUGUCAGAAGAACCCAUUCUUUAAGAGUUACGAGGCAAUGUAGUGCUAAGUGUCUAGAGGAGACACAUAACAAGGUUGCUCUUUAGAUCACUAAGGAUGAAGAGUAAGGGAGCAGAUUAUUGUGGGGGACAUACUACAGACUGCCUAGCCAAGCGACAUAACUAGAUAAUUAAACAACAGAGGCAACUCCAGAUGGUACUGGGAAAUGUAAAAAUGUGCUGAACUCCAGCAGGAGUUCCUGGUAAGUUUGUAUUCCUUACUCUCACAAAGAAGAAAAGGGGUUAUGAGAGCUGCUGUUCCAAAACUUAAAUUUACCCAUAGGGGAAGAAUUGGUUGAUCAAGUGGAGGCAGUGUGAACUUUGGGGAAAAGUAUCCCUGCCAUUUUAAUUCCGAUAGCCAGAUCAAGGAAUACUGGUAGAAUAACUAAACUACUAUUAAUAGAAAUCAGGGUGCAGUGUACUCAGAGGAAGAUGCCAUAAACUCAUGGCCUUGAAACAUUGAAAAGAGUUAAAAGUUAAGAAGUCUUUAUGGUCCUUAUUGAAAAUGAUUACAGUGAGGAAGAUGGUAUCCAAAGCCAGGAUUUUUAUCUAGAAAUGUACAUCUGAAUCAUCUGGAGAGCUUUUCAAAAUACACAUAUCCAAGGUCUCAACCCCAGUAAACCAAAACCAAAUCUGUUGCCGUCAGUUCUGACUCAGUUACUCUACAUUGGUGUCGUGUAUUUUCAAAGAAUUUCCCAGGUAAUUCUGAUGUGCACCUCCCGUGCCAAACCACUGUUUUGAAAGAAUCAUUAUAUGUCCCUGAUGGCUUUCAAGUUGCUGGCCCCAGCCCUUUUUGAGGUGUGCCUGCAUUUUCUACCCUUGAGUGCUUUAAAUUAUCACCUCGCCACCCUAGACUCCCAUUAAGAACUUGAUAGAUGAAGUCAUUAAAUUGCUGCUACUAAGCCUUCAGGAAUUAUAAAGAAAAUUACUGAGGUCCUCAAGUUGGAGACUGGCAAAUUUUAUAUAGAAAAAAGUACAUUCUGCAAAUUAUAAGGUAGUAUACAUUGAUAAGAUUUUAAAAUGAACUGUUAAAUUGAUUUAUGACCUCUUAAAGCAGUGAGCACCGAGAGUCAUAGAACCACUAAAAACAAGGUGGUUUUUCACUUUUGAAUGAGAUUGUGGGCUAGUCAAUCUGUAGACUGCAGCAGACCAGCAAUUUUCAAAGUGUACUUAAUAGCUCAGAGCCCAGAUGGUGGUGUGGUUAAGGGCUUGGCUGCCAAGCAAAAGGUGAGCAGUUCAAAUCUGUCAGCCCCUCCUUGGAAACACUGUGGGGCAGCUCUUCUCUGUCCUAUAGGGUUGCUAUGAUUCGGAACCGACUCCGUGGCAGCUAACAACAAGUUCAAGUUAAGCAAGUUUCUUCACAGGAUUUCUCAAGAGCUUUUAAUAUUGCUAAUGUGCAGAAUGAUUAAACCAGAGGAAGGUAUAGAACACAGCUUAUUUGAUAUUUAAUUUGAUAACUUAAUUUGCCCAUACCCUCCUGUUUCUCUCCUGGACUGGCUUUCUAAGUUUCCUUAUUUAAGUACUGCCCAUCAGAAGACAUAGAAAUUAGUGGUAAAGGUGUUUGUGAACUGAAGUUCAAAAGAAGAUGCUUUUGAAACUGUCUUGAAGUUGGUUAUUUUUAUACUUUCUUAGUUGGGUUAUGAUUUGGAAACUUCAUAAUAGGUGACUAAUGUCUUGACGAAAAGUUUAAUGAGAAGGAUUUUUCUUUAACCAUUUUAAUAAAAACCAUUGUACUGAAAGAAUUACAAAUUCUUUUAUAUAAAUGGAUUCUUCUGGAAAAACAGCAGGUUAGAUGAUUCCAGUCAAGGUAAUCAAAUCCUUAAAUGUAUGCACAAAAAAGGCCUGGGAUCUACUUCCAAAAAUUAGCUAAUGAAAACCCAAUGGACCACAGUACGGGUACUUAACGCAACCCAACAUGGGGAUGGUGCAGACCUGGGAGCACUUUAAUUGUUCGUGGGUCGCCAUGAGUCAGGGGCCGACUCUACAGCAGCUAAUAACAUCAAACUCAUAUAAAAGUAGAAAUUGUAUAAAAAUAUGGAAGUGAGUUGAAAGACUAUUUGGAGGCUUUUUCUGUCUUUGUAUCUGAACCACUUAACUGCUAGCUUUAACCUCUUCUGACUUUCACUGUGUCAUCCUUUACUUUAGAGUUAAAAUGCAAUGGACAAAACUUAAAAGCGUUUUU